GUGACUUUCAAUCGGUCAUGUGACCAAACAGAUGUCCUGAAACAACUGACUUUUCCCAAGACUUGUCGACCACUAAACAGCGUAUUUUAUCAGCUGGUCGACAGCAUGAGGCUUGUCAUUCUGGAGGACUAUGACUUGGCCAGUGAGUGGGCAGCCAAGUACAUCCGCAACAGAAUCAUCCAGUUCAAGCCCUCUGCUGAAAGAUACUUCACUCUGGGACUGCCCACAGGGAGUACUCCAUAUGGCUGUUACAAAAAAUUGAUUGAGUACCACAAAUGUGGGGAUAUCUCUUUCAAGUAUGUGAAAACCUUUAACAUGGAUGAAUAUGUCGGUCUGCCCUGCCAGCAUCCAGAGAGUUACCACUCCUACAUGUGGAACAACUUCUUCAAGCACAUUGACAUUGAUCCAGCCAACGCUCACAUCCUGGAUGGAAAUGCUGAGGACCUGGAAGCAGAAUGUCAGGCCUUUGAGCAAAAGAUUUCGGAGGCUGGAGGGAUUGAUUUGUUUGUUGGAGGUAUCGGCCCUGAUGGCCACAUAGCGUUCAAUGAGCCAGGUUCCAGCCUGGUUUCCAGAACCAGAGUGAAGACCCUGGCCAAGGACACCAUUGUGGCCAACGCUCGAUUCUUUGGCAAUGAUCUCUCCAAGGUUCCUACUAUGGCUCUGACUGUGGGUGUAGGAACUGUAAUGGACGCCAGAGAGGUGAUGAUUCUGAUCACUGGAGCCCACAAAGCCUUUGCCUUGUAUAAAGCCAUAGAGGAGGGAGUGAACCACAUGUGGACCGUAUCUGCCUUUCAGCAGCAUCCACGCACCAUUUUCGUCUGCGAUGAGGAUGCCACGUUGGAGCUAAGGGUCAAAACAGUGAAAUAUUUCAAAGGUUUAAUGCACGUCCACAAUAAACUGGUAGACCCAUUGCUCAGCAUGAAGGACCAGUGACCCUGAGGACAUGACCAAGGAAGAGGACUGAAGAUGUCAUCAUGGUAAAUGGAUCCCAAGGCCUGGGUGACCACAAGGCAGGAGAGCCCCAGUAUUCUGGUAGUCUUUUCACAUGCCAGAGCAGAUUUUGUGUCACUGCCUUGGCCACAACAUCUGACCCACUGUUAUGGCCUCUGCAAAUGGUUCUGUCAUAGACUUCAACUAUCUUUGGGUAUUGUUUGCUUCUUUAACUGUUACAGAAUAUUCAUGAGAGGUAAGUGGCCUCUUACAUCUCAGAUUUGUUGUUCUUGCACACUGGCCAACCAGGAGACAGAUACAAGCAGAAAUGUAGAUGGUAUGUUGCAUUGAGGUUAACAACAAUUUAAGGGGGAUUUCAGAAAUCCUGUAAGAGUGCCCCUUUGGAGUUACAUACAGAGUCUCUUUUUUUUAUUAAAGGCCUUACUCCUGUAAAACAAACUCAGUAUUUUUUAGUUAUUUUUUUCUUAAAUACUCAGAAUGCCUUGUACUGACUCUGUUUAGAGUUCUGAGUUCUUCACUCACUUCCUUUCCACCCCAUUUCCACUCCCCUGUUGACAAUUUGGUGGGUCUACUCACUGCUGUAAACUGGUUAGACUACACCUGUUGAAAUGUCAUUAUAAUGUAUAUUCUACAGUGUGUCCCUUUCAGCCUUUGUGUUGAAUACUGUAUGUUAGCUUUAUGUUUUGUUCAUCAGCCAUCCUGACUUGAAUGUUUACCCAGAGAAAGAAUGAAUAUACUGGUACUAUCAAAUUAGCUGGUUGGUUAGCCAGAAGGCAUUAUUUGAUAAUAAAGAUGUUGUUUAAAGGACUAUGCCAGUGAUUUUGAAUGUUUGACCUGUUGGCUACAAUUUUACAUUGCAACAAACCAUCAUGCAGAUCAUGAAGGGUACUAAAGAUUUCACAACAUAAUCAAAAUCCAGCAAUUUUUACAUCUGAAUUUUUGAUUGAAACACCCUCCCUAAAAUGUUCUGCUUCUGUGGCAAACAAAGCCGCCACCAUUCAUAAAUCACAGAACUACCUGUGUUUCCCUAGGGACUGUUUCCUGAGAAGGGACUGUUUCACUCCAAACAGAUGUGUGGCUGCUUUUAAGAAAACAAGUGUGGACGACUUUAUUACGGCGAUGGAAUGCUGUUGUGAAGACAAACUGAAGUCUCGAAAAGUUCAUUUUCAUAUCGUAGUAGAAUGAAACCAAUGGCAGGUUAUAUACAUUUUGUAGUUACUGGGAUGGUCCUUUAAUGCCUGGCUUACUUUGAAUUAGCUUUUUUUUUUUUUUUUUAAAUCUACUGUUUAUCCAGGCAAAGUUGACUGAGCCCCUGUGCUCUUUUGCAGCUACACCCUGUGCCAUGUUCAUAGUUGGGUUUGCACUAGGAGCUGUCCAGUACAGUCACAGUCUUCUGCUGGUGGCCUCAGCAAGUUUGGUGAUUCAGUACCUUGCUCCAGAGCACACUGACAAAAGGUUUUGAGGGAGUGAAGAGUUUUUCCUAUACACUUUCCCUGCUCACUUUUCCCCAAGGGUCUUGGUGAUUUGAACUGACUUAAGACAAAUGGAAACAAACGUAUCUUAUUACACCUUUAACUUUUACUAACAAUAUUACAGAAUGGAUGUCUGUGAUGGCUCUCAGUUAUUCAUGUCAUCGUCAUCCAAGGAGUGUUGAAUCGGUCUCAACUGGACUUUUUUGUAGAUUCUUGAAUACAUUUCAUUUCUCAUCCAGGAAGUUUCUUCAGUCCCCCCAGUCUGUCAAAACUGAAGAAGACAUUUCACCUGUUCGAUGAGGUGACACGUCUUCCAAGAAUCAACAAUGUAUGUCCGGUUGCUCUCGAUUCAACUCUUGGUGGACACAGAAUGAAUCUAUAGCCAUGGCACAAUAGUUGCGUUAAGGGGGCUCUCUUUUUUUCGGAGUGUGUUUAUUUUAAAUAUAGACAUUACUAAUGCCAAAUGUAACUUUGGUUGAGUGUUGGGUUGUAUAGUUACCUGGGCAUCCAUAUGGUGGUGCAAUGUCCUCAUUAGCUGCUUCAUGCUCCCCUGGGCUGGUAAUUCAAAAUAAUGAAUUAGCAUGGCAAAAACAGCUCCCCAAAUAACACUUAUAGCAACUUCAGGAAUGUGAACAAAGCAGAUUACGCUAAUAUAAAAAAUAAGUCUGUGUAACCAGGUCGAAUUACUUUCAGGCUGUUUCGUCCUAGUGCAAGGCUACUCUGUGUAGUUUCCUGCAGAAGUUACUUACCAGAUCUACUUUCUAAUUCACAUGGCAGAAUAACAGGAAAAGAAUUGACUUAUCUCAAAAAAUGCGUACAAAUAUUUGUUGAGUUUAUUUCUUAUAUUAACAUAAGGCCAAAUGAGGCACCAGACCACCAGAUGUUACUCUUUUUGCCUGUUCCAUAUGUGGAUAUAUGUUCUUACUGUCAACAGGCCGGGAAAUGAGAGAGAGAAUCUGUAUUUUGAUAGCUUCUGUGUUUCUGUUCACUGCACUCUAUUCUCAACAUGCAUGAUCUUGCUGUCAUAACAUACAUUGCAUGCAAUGGGAGUAGUUAUUUCUUAAAUGUUUUUAUGUGAUAUUUUCCCAUUGCUUGCACAAAUCAGGAGAAUAUAACAUGAAAAUGCCCUUUGUUAUCUGUUCAUAUGUGAAUGGUGUUUUCUACCUAUUUAGACAUUACUAGGCUCAAGUAGUAAAGUCUCCCCACCCUUUUCUGUGUUUGGUUACAACAUUCCCUCUUUGUCAUCCUUGUAUUCAAUGCCAUUCAUUCUGUGAUAUGUUUUAGUAAAUGUUUUUGCACUUGAACUAUAGUUGUUAACUCUUUAGUUUUCUAAAGACAAUAAACAUUUUCUUAUGAA